AUGGCAUCCCGGAACACCAUCAAAGUGUCUCUGCCUCAACUGGCCAAGAUGAUCGACCAUUCUCUCCUCCACCCUACCAUGACUGACAACGACAUCCGGGCGGGCCUCCAAAUCGCCCGGGAUCAUCAUGUUGCAACGGCCUGCGUGAAGCCUUACCUCAUCCCUCUCGCCAAACAGGAACUCGCCGGCAGCGACGUUCUCGUAUGCCCCGUGAUAGGGUUUCCUCACGGCAACAGCACAACCGAAAUCAAGGUUGCCGAAGCCACCGCUGCUGCACAAGCUGGCGGCGCAGAGAUCGACAUGGUAGUCAACAUCGGAAAGGUCCUCGGCGGCGACUGGGGGUACGUGUCCGAUGAGAUUCGCCGGAUCAACGAGGCGGUUACGGCGCACCAGGCGAUCCUCAAGGUCAUUUUCGAAAAUGACUACUUGCAACCGGAGCAUAUCGCUCGUCUCUGUGAGAUCUGCACCCAGCUCGGUGUUGCCUUUGUGAAGACCUCGACGGGGUACGGUUUUGUGAAACAGUCGGACGGCUCCUACAACUACAAGGGCGCUACUAUCAGGGAUUUGAAAUUGAUGCGUGCAAAGUCUGGCGAAAAGGUCCAAGUCAAGGCCGCUGGAGGCGUUCGUACUUUGGACGACCUGUUGCAUGUCAUGAGCCUUGGCGUGACUCGUAUUGGGGCCACAGCGACGGUGGCUAUCCUUGAGGAUGCAAAGAAGAGGGGGAUCGGGAACGACCCUGUUGAGGUUUCUUUCAAGCCGAUGAAGGAAGAUGGAGAGACAGUGGUUACUGAGUGA